AUGGGAUUAACACGACAGCCGUUUCAGUCUCCUAUGUAUGAAUCGAAUGAAUGUUAUGUAGCUGGCUACACACAAACAGACAUUUCAUAUGGCCAUGGUGGAGAAUCAAGUUCACAUGGUGGAUACGAGACUGAAUUUCACAAUAACACCCAAGAUGUGCCCACCUAUAGCCAUCAUACGACUCCAGUUGAAGUUGCUGGUAAUAUGGCUGAAACGGUUAAUUUUGUGCAGUUUGCUGACAGUGACAUGUACGGUCCUGAUGUCGCCCUAGACAAUGAUGAGAAUGAAAUGUGUGAUGAAGAAAAUUUAUUGGGCGGAUCAGAUGAUGAUGAUGAUGAAGAAGAUGAUGUCGACGCUCCCGUUGAUAUUCAGAAUGCCCCCAUUCCACCUAGACCUGAAAUCCCUUUCUUUGAAAACAUUCACAUGGGUGGUGAUUUUGACAUUAGUAACCGCGAUGUCGUUCCCCGUAACCGAAUCUGGAAUGCUGAAAAUCCAGAGUUGGACAAAGGGAUGGUUUUCGUUGAUAAGAAGCAACUCGUACAUGCUGUGAAAUUGUACCAUGCAACAAAUAAUCGAGAGUAUAAAGUCGUAACCUCCAAGCGAGACGUUUGGGUGUGUGCUUGCAAGCACGACUGUAGAUGGUGGUUGCGUGCAUCUCUUAGUAAGAGACAUGGGCUUUUUGAAAUAAAGCAGUAUAGGGGUCCUCACCAUUGUUUAUACCCACGAACGAACAGGGACCACACAAAUAUUAGCUCCAGUUACAUUGCUUCUCAUCUUUUGGGACAAGUUGCGAACGAACCUGAUAUGCCCAUUAAGAAUGUCAUCGAAGACAUAAAAAAAUCCAUGAACUAUACUAUACAUUACAAGAAGGCGUGGCAUGCAAGGGCAAAGGCAAUUCGAAUGGUAUUCGGAGAUUGGGAUGAAUCAUAUAUGAUGUUGCCUAAAUUCAUGUAUGCAUUACAAACAUCUAAUCCUGGUACCAUCGUGCAAUGGAAGCACAAAUAUACCGGAAGUACAACCAUUAUGCCCGUCUUCCACUUUGUUUUUUGGUCUUUCAAACCCGUCAUCGAUGGAUUCAGACAUUGUAGGCCUGUUAUAACCAUAGAUGGUACAUUCUUAUACGGGAAAUACACUGGUGUGUUGCUUGUAGCAACGAUUGUCACCGCCAAUGGCAAAGUACUACCGCUUGCAUUUGCUGUUGUCGACAAGGAGAGUUUUGAGUCUUGGUCGUUCUUCAUUUCAAAUAUCAAGGAACAUAUUGUCAUGGAUCGACAGGGAGUGACUUUGAUAUCUGAUCGAGCUGAGAGUAUUUUAGCUGCUGUGAGGCGGCAUUGGUUGAAUCCCUCGCUCCAAUUUGUUGGAUAUCAUCGGCACUGCCUUCGACAUGUUUGUAGUAACUUUAACACUACGUUCAGAAAUAAGGAGCUGAAACAACUUCUAUGGAAAGCAGGGAGUGCUCAUCAACGACGGAAGUGUAAUGGUUACUUACAACAAAUACAGGCUAUUGACCAAGAAGCCAUCACUUGGGUUUACAAGAUGAAUCCUGAGGAGUGGGCCCUUUCGUAUGACGGUGGACAUCGCUGGGGGGUAUUGACUAGCAAUGAUGCAGAGUGCUUCAAUAGCGUCUUGAAAGGUGCAAGGAACUUACCUAUCUCAGCUAUGGUUGAAUUUACAUUUCGGCGGCUUGUAAAAUAUUUUGACGAGAUGGGAGCCCAAGCUGAAAUAGAUGUACGAAAUGAGUUUCAAUACCCUAGAGAUAUGCAAAAAACUAUUGAGGAUGGCAUCGCAAGGGCAAAUACUUUUAGGUUGAUAUCAUAUGACAGGUUAGUUUGCUUCAUGGCACAUCUACCUGAUGAGGUCCCACUUUUUAGUCAUCCACAUCGGGCUGACAGUAUAUGGGAGGACCCGGACCAGGCACGCGCCGUGGUAGCAUGCCGGCGACUGGACCACCCACUCAUUACUGCUCUCGUCGAGAGGUGGCGCACAGAGACUCAUACAUUUCAUUGCCCGAUCGGUGAGGCCACCGUCACAUUGCAGGACGUAUCUGUCCUAUACGGUCUACGGAUUGAUGGCCGAGCAGUUACUGGACCUGACCCAUCAUUGACGAGGGAGCAGUGGAUAGCCCUAUGUGCUGAGUUAUUGGGAGUAGCACCUACACCUGCAGACUUACAGGCAGGUAGAGUGAGGGUGAGGUGGCUGUCCGAGCAGUUUCAGGGCCAUCUUCCAGAUCAUGCUCCAGAUGA